CUCCUUGACCUGAGACCAAUGCUUCUUCACUGCCAUAACUGUACUGAUCUCUAGUCUUGCAGAUCAUAUGAUGGAGAAUUGCCUAGGAUGGGCAGCAAGAGAUCCAUCUGGGGUUCUUUCACCUUAUUCAUUUAACCGCAGAGUUGUCGGAAGUGAUGAUGUUUCUCUGAAAAUCACCCACUGUGGGAUCUGCUAUGCUGAUAUAAUCCAUACCAGGAACAAAUUUGGAAACUCAAAAUAUCCUGUAGUUCCAGGACAUGAGAUUGUUGGUAUAGUGAAAGAGGUGGGUUCCAAUGUUGGUGUCUUCAAAGUUGGUGACAGCGUAGGAGUGGGAACAUAUGUCAACUCAUGUAGAGAGUGUGAAAACUGCAAGGAGGUGCUAGAAAUUCAUUGCUCAAAGGGCCCAGUCUUCACAUUUGGUGGGGUUGAUGUGGAUGGCACCAUCACAAAGGGUGGAUAUUCCAGUUUUAUCGUUGUUCAUCAAAGGUACUGCUAUAGGAUUGCUAAUGACUACCCAUUAGGUUUAGCAGCACCACUGCUAUGUGCCGGAAUUACUGUAUACUCCCCCAUGAUCCGCCAUAAGAUGAACCAGCCCGGCAAAUCUCUAGGUGUGAUCGGACUAGGUGGCCUUGGUCACAUGGCUGUCAAGUUUGGGAAGGCCUUCAGAUUGAAUGUAACAGUUUUCAGCACCAGUAUGUCCAAGAAAGAGGAGGCCUUAACUCUGCUUGGAGCUGACAAAUUCGUACUCUCAUCUGAUGAACAAGAUAUGAAGGCCAUGGCUAAGUCACUUGACUUUAUAAUCAACACAGCAUCUGGGGAUCACCCAUUUGAUCCAUACAUGUCACUCUUGAAGACUGCAGGCAUCCUGGUCCUUGUGGGCUUCCCUAGCCCUGAAAUCAAACUCAGUACCAUAAGCCUUCUCACCGGUAUGAGGACCGUGUGUGGAAGUGUCACAGGAGGCACAAAAGACACACAAGAAAUGCUGGAUUUUUGUGCUGCCCACAAGAUAUAUCCAGAGGUGGAAAUGGUGGCAAUUCAGAAUGUGAAUGAAGCUCUGGAGAGGGUGAUCAAGCGAGAUGUCAAGUACAGGUUUGUGAUUGAAAUUGAGAAAUCUUUGAAGUGAUGGGGGAGAAAUGGAAGAAAAUGGAUUAGAAGGCAGACAAGCCUGCAAUAUUCAAGUGCUUAGGCUUCAUGAUUCUGUUUAGAUUAUGGAUAACUAAUUGGAGUUAUAUGCCAAUAGACAUGAAGUGAAAAAAACUAAUGAUUUCUUUCUAUGUUAAUGGAAAAAUGGAAGGUUUGUGUUGAAUAAACCGUCUCUUUGGAGGGUCUUGAGA